AUGCAGCAGCCGCCGCCCCACCCCCACCCCCACCACCACCACCACCACCCCCAAUCCGACCCCUCCGCCGCCGCCGCCGACCACCCCCAGCUCCCCACCAUCAAGAUCCACCACCCCUCCUCCCCCGCCACCACCACUCCCGCCACCCCCACCGCCGGCGCCAACCGCAAGAUCGGCGUCGCCGUCGACCUCUCCGACGAGAGCGCCUACGCCGUCCGCUGGGCCGUCCACCACUACCUCCGCCCCGGCGACGCCGUCAUACUGCUCCACGUCAGCCCCACCUCCGUCCUCUUCGGCGCCGACUGGGGCCCCCUCCCCCACCUCCCCUCCUCCGCCUCCUCCGCCUCCGCCUCCCCCGAUCACCCCCUCAACCCAAACCCUAACCCUAAUCCUAACAACCCGGCCCGCCCCGAGGAGGUCCAGAAGUCCCAGGACGACUUCGACGCCUUCACCAGCGCCAAGGUCGCCGAUCUCGCCAAGCCCUUGAAGGACGCCCAGAUACCCUACAAGAUCCACAUAGUCAAGGACCACGACAUGAAGGAGAGGCUCUGCUUGGAGGUCGAGAGGUUGGGCUUGAGCGCCGUGAUCAUGGGCAGCCGCGGGUUCGGCGCCGCCCGGCGGGGGAGCGACGGCAGGCUUGGGAGUGUCAGUGAUUACUGCGUGCAUCACUGCGUCUGUCCUGUUGUGGUGGUCAGAUACCCCGAUGAGAAAGACGGCGGGAAUGGCGGCGAUCCCAUCGUCGCCGUGAAUGAGGUCGCCGAGGAGGAGGACGAGGUGGCCGUGAGUGUGGCCAGACACGAGCAGAAGCAGAAAGAUGCUUAGCGUCAACCACUAGCGACGCUUGGAUGACAUAUGUGCUGGGGUCACAAUCAUGCCUGCAAUUUAGAUUUCACAAGCGGCUGAACUGUUUCUUCCGCCACUCUCCAAUGGGAUGUGAUAGCUAAUUAUAAGAGCAUAGCUGAACCGAUGAGGAAUUAAAGAAUGAGAUGAAUCUUGCUGUGUAAACGGUGUAAAAUUUGAUUGCUCGCUUCUGGCCUUUGUUUUGUAUGGACUUGGGAGUUUUGGAUGAAGAACUAGUGUGCUUUUGAGGUUCAAGAUAAUGUUGUGUGGGGCGUCGGGGUGUUCGACCUAUUUGUGAUACAAACAUUAUAUCGGUUUCUAUGUUAAGAAUUGUUUUCCCAACUA